AAAGGUUAGGAGUGUAGGAUGUGAUUGACACAUAUGGGUAUAAUCCACAAACACACAUUCACGUGCACACACACACGUUUGUAGGGGUAUAUAGGACCAGUCAGUAGAUUUGUUCAGUGUAUCUUCUCUCGUCCUACGUACCAUCACCAUGGCUUCCAGAUACCUAGAGACAAUCCUGCUUCUCUGCUGCAUUGUGACCAUGUUUAGUUCAACCUCAGCAGCAUAUGGUCCUCGGAAACUUUACUGUUGUGUGGAGUUCCAGGAGAAGCCUGUACCCUACACGAAGAUAAUAGGCUACAAACAACAGAGUUAUAAGGAGGUGUGCAACAAUGACGCUAUCAUCUUCUAUACCACGAAGAACAAGAAGGUAUGCGCCAGCAUUAAGGACGAGUGGGUGAGGGCGGCUCUGGUUCAUCUCAGCUCCAAACUGAAGAAGAUAUCCACAGCAACACUGUGAUGGCCAAACCCCCCCAACCAACUCUGAAAGGAAGAUUCACCCACAGCGACACAACUUUUUCCAAUCGCAACAUCAACAGUAACAAUCCCAUUGAGUAAUGUAGCCAAAUGAUGCAGAUUUAAUGCAUUGCAUAUCUGAGGUUUGCCGUUGUUGAUGAUUGUACUUUAUUCAUGCUCAAGCUUUCAGAUAUCUUCUGAACCCACAAUAUAAUCUAAUUAAGUUGAUUGCUUCAAUUAGUUCUAUUUUUCUGAUUUACAUUUUUUAUAUUUGUUUCUUUUAAGGCCUGCAGAAAUAAAUAUAAUCUAUUGCCUUGA